AUGGAGGAUGCUGAGUGCAAUGUUAUAUACGUCGAUCGGUCUGUGUCGAGGGACCGCUUGGUCAGAGUCGGCGAGCGGAGUAGCGACGGGGAUGGGGAUGCUGUCCAGGGGGAAGCGGCGCAUGUUGCCGAGAAUGUCAGGCUCUUGUUGGAGGUAUUCGGCGAAGUCCAUUUGUGCAGCAGUGGCAGCGCAUGCUUGAAUCAAUGGCUGGAUCUUCAUGAUGUCUCGGCGGUGGCCCUUAAACCGACACUCUUCCUUCUCGAUACCCCGUACCAAGACGAAGGCCCCGAGAUUGCCGAACGAUCCCGCGCCCGAUCUCCAUCACGUUCUUCUCCUGCCGAGAGCGAAGGCGAAGGCGAAGGCGGAAACAAGGACGAAGAGCUGUACGGCCUGGUGCUGCUGCGGAGGAUCAUAUCUGAGUCCUACGUCCGAAAUGCGUCCAAGCUUGUUGUCACCAUUCCCAUCAUCACCCCUCCGAAGAGUGACCCGCCAGGGGACAACGACCAUCCGGAUCUGGAUAAGGACCGUCGCGCCGCCAACAAGAGGGUGAUGAAGCGGUGUCUCGAUCUGGGGGCCACAGAUAUCAUGGCCAACCCCAUGAACGCCAAGUGUGUCACCAACCUCGAGGUGCAUGUGUACCGCGCGCACUGUGACGCCGCUCGCCAUCAACAAGCCUUGGUCGCCCUCCGCCGAGGUCGCAAACGCUCAUGGGUCGGUAUCACGGACCAAAAGCCGUAUUCCUAUCUGCGGGAAGCUAUGGUCUCGAGGCUCUUGGAUCGAAUCUGCCGCAUCGAGUGCGAGACCGAGGACGUGCCUGCAAGUAUCGGAUUGUCCAUCUCGUCUAAGAGGCGGGACGAAAUCUCGUCAGCGGUGGGUCUCUGGGAGUUCGACGCGCACGACUUUGACGAUGACGAACUCGUGGAAGCGGCCUCGGUCAUGUUUCAACACGCCCUGUCCAUGCCCGGAUUGGAGCGGUGGCGCAUCUCGACAGACCAACUUCUCCGCUUUCUUCUCGCCUGCCGGGGGGCUUACAUCGAGUUCGUCCCGUAUCACAACUUCCGCCACGUGGUCGAUGUACUGCAGGCGACCUUUCACUUCCUCGUCUCUAUUGGCUCGCUGCCACCUUAUCCUGGUUUGCCAGCGGCGGACGGCGCGAACUCGCCAAUCGUGCAGCUUCUGGGCCCGUUUGAGGCCUUGACGUUGCUCAUCACGGCGAUUGGCCACGAUGUCGGACAUCCCGGGGUCAACAAUGGCUUCCUGAUCACGAUGAACGCGCCGCUCGCGCAGUUGUACAACGACCGCUCCGUCCUUGAAUCGUUCCACUGCGCCGCCUUCUCGCAAAUACUGCGGAGAUACUGGCCGUCUGCCUUCUCCGAUGCCAAGAUGCGCAACCUUAUGAUCAGCUCGAUUCUCGCCACCGAUAUGAGCCUUCACUUCAAGUACAUGAGGAAGCUGGACAAUCUCCAGGCCAAGCUGCGUGCCACUAACGGCAUCAAGGACUGGGAUAUCUCUACCAAAGAGGAGCAGACGGCUAACACAUGUGCUCUUCUCAUCAAAUGUGCAGACAUCAGCAACGUGACCCGACAACACGACAUAGCGGAAAAAUGGAUGGAGAUCCUUGCGGAAGAGUUCUCGCGGCAAGCCACGAUGGAGACUGCCUUGGAGAUCAAGACGUCUCUAAUGUCAGAGCCGAAGCGAGAUAUGCUGUCUCUCUCUACCGCGCAGCUGAAGUUUAUGGACAUGUUUGCCGUCCCAUUAUUCCAAGGCGUCGCGGACAUCCUCCCCGCGAUGCAAUAUUGCGUCGACGAGCUGCGUUCAAACAAGGAGUGGUUUAAGAGCAUCCAGGAACGAGAGCGGUUGUCGCCGAGCGGACCCGGGCCCCUUGGCGGUGACUGCGAGCUGCAUCCCGAGACAAUAGCGUUUACGACUUUCCCCGAACCACCAACGGAAGCGCACCCCGCUGAAGGUCCGCGACUGGGGCCUGUUCCUCACGUCGUUGAACCCGAGCGCCCCGCGGACUCAACCACUCCUCAGCAAGCUGAGCCGUUCGGGCGCCCGUGUCAGGGCCCCAAACGGUCCGGCCACGGGCGGGCAGUCGACGGAAUUGUAACCACAUUUCCGGCUGCGACCGACUUUAGCCACAACGAACCAUUCCACGCGGACAACGGCCAUACCCAUGGCCACACUCGGCAGAGAUGCAGCGAGACUACUGAGGGCAGUUUCGCACCAAACAGCGGAGAUUGGGCUUCGCAAGCGACGAGCGCCACUACGGGCAAGAUGCCCUUGUCACCAAGCACGCAGGGAACCAGCAUCGUGAGCCGCGACUCGUUCGAGCGGCCCGGCAGCAUCCCGACGACGAACAUGCCCGCAGCCAACGAGUCGACGACCACCGUCCCGGACUCGGCUUCCAAGAACCAGCCCGAUUUUAAGGUUGACACCUGUCCUCCCUUGGUCCUGGACGAGGAACAGAACGACCUAUGGAGGAACGGCCAGGCUACCAACGGGGCAGGGAAGAAGAAUUGCCUCGAGCUGGACCCCGGUGCCAGGCAGCUCAAAAAGAAGCCCAGCCGUUUCAGGAUCAACGGACUGCAGAACCUGUUUAGGAAGCAUAAGAGCUCGAGUCCGCCGAUGCAGGCUGCCGACACUGCUGGGUAG